AUGGCGACCCUGCUCCAUCCCCCAGGCACCAAUGUGUUCCACCUCUUUACUCCGGAAUCGCUGGCGGAGAUCGAGAGGCGCGUGGAGGAAAGGAAAAGGGCCACAGAAGUAGAAGGCCAUGAGGAGGAAGAGCCAGCAGCUCCGAACAGUGAUCUGGAGGCAGGCAAGAAUCUGCCCAUGAUCUAUGGAGACCCUCCGCCUGAGAUGCUCAACACACCUCUGGAGGACUUGGACCCCUUCUACAAAACACAGAAAACUUUCAUUGUGAUCAGCAAAGGAAACACAAUCUUCAGCAUGUUCAUCAUGAUUACCAUUCUGUCGAAUUGUGUAUUCAUGACAAUGAGCAACCCACCAGCAUGGAGUAAAACUGUUGAGUAUGUUUUUACUGCUAUUUACACCUUCGAGGCAACAACCAAAGUGUUGUCUAGAGGUUUCUGUGUUGGAUCUUUUACAUUCCUUCGAGAUCCAUGGAAUUGGCUGGAUUUCAUGGUGAUCAGCAUGGCAUACGUCACUGAGUUUGUUGACCUCGGCAAUGUGUCAGCCCUCAGGACAUUUCGUGUACUUCGAGCCCUUAAAACAAUUACUGUGAUUCCUGGUUUGAAAACCAUUGUGGGGGCCCUGAUCCAGUCAGUGAAGAAAAUGGUGGACGUGAUGAUUCUUACUGUCUUUGCCCUGGCUGUCUUUGCCCUUAUUGGCCUUCAACUUUUCAUGGGAAACCUGCGUCAUAAAUGUGUGCGAUGGCCCAUUGAGACAAAUGAAACAGCAUUUGAAGUUUUCAACUCCACUUCCACAUUCAAUGACACUGUGUAUCUCAACAACACCAUGAAUCUAAAUAAUAUGACAUAUCCCAACAGUACUUUUGAUUUCUUGGAAUAUAUUGAAAACACAGAGAAUCAUUACUAUCUGGAAGGCAGCCUGGAUGCUCUUCUUUGUGGAAACAGUUCUGAUGCUGGAAAGUGCCCAGAGGGAUUCACGUGCAUGAAGGCUGGGAGGAACCCCAACUUUGGCUACACCAGCUUUGACUCCUUUGGCUGGGCAUUCCUGGCUCUCUUCAGACUAAUGACUCAGGACUUCUGGGAGAACCUCUUCCAGCUGACUCUGCGGGCAGCUGGAAAGACGUACAUGCUGUUCUUCGUGGUGGUUAUCUUUCUGGGCUCCUUCUACCUCAUCAACCUCAUCCUGGCUGUGGUGGCCAUGGCUUACGACGAACAAAAUGAGGCAACUCAGAGAGAGGCCAGGGAGAAGGAGGAAGAGUUCCAGCGGCUUCUCGAGCAACUCAAGAAUCAAGAGCAAGUAACUAUCGCAAGCAUUGGAAGCCGGGCGACUCUAACCAGUAAGAAGUCGAGUCAUCACACAGCGUCUGAGCUGGCGGAUGAUGAACGGAGCCUCGGAGAUUAUGAAUUCAUCAAGGACUGUAAUGGGAGACUCAUUCCCCAUGUGAUUGUCAACCAAGCGUCCACACAGGAUCAGUCUGCUGCAGAGGAUGAACACAAAGAGAAGUCAUCAGGCUCUGUGCAGAGUAUGCUGCAUGUGGAGGCUCCCACCCUGCAGCAGAGAACCGCCAGUGCUCUCACUGUUCUCACCACAGCAGCUCUAGAAGAACUGGAGGAUGCUCAGAGGCCUUGUCCACCUGGGUGGUACAAGUUUGCUGAUAUCUUCCUGAAGUGGGACUGCUGCAUGCCUUGGGUGGUCUUCAAAAAGUGGAUGUACUUUGUAGUGAUGGAUCCUUUUGUCGACCUGGCCAUCACCAUUUGCAUUGUGCUCAAUACCCUCUUCAUGGCCAUGGAGCACUACCCCAUGACCCCGGAGUUUGACAACAUGCUCUCAGUGGGAAACCUGGUUUUCACCGGGAUCUUCACAGCAGAGAUGGUCUUCAAGUUGAUCGCCAUGGAUCCUUAUUACUACUUCCAAGUUGGCUGGAACAUUUUCGACAGCAUCAUCGUCACGCUCAGCCUGGUGGAGUUAGGGCUGGCUAAUGUCCAGGGGCUCUCUGUUCUCAGGUCCUUCCGUUUGCUACGUGUUUUCAAACUGGCAAAGUCCUGGCCCACGCUCAACAUGCUGAUCAAGAUCAUUGGUAACUCGGUCGGAGCUUUGGGAAACCUGACUUUGGUGCUGGCCAUCAUCGUCUUCAUUUUCGCCGUUGUGGGCAUGCAACUCUUCGGCAAGAACUACAAGGACUGUGUGUGCAAGAUUUCUUUGGACUGUGAGUUACCACGCUGGCACAUGAAUGACUUCUUCCACUCCUUCCUCAUUGUCUUCCGCAUUCUGUGUGGUGAGUGGAUUGAGACCAUGUGGGACUGCAUGGAGGUGUCCGGAGCAGGGAUGUGCCUAGUCGUCUUCAUGCUGGUCAUGGUCAUUGGAAAUCUGGUGGUGUUGAACCUCUUCCUGGCCUUGCUGCUGAGUUCCUUCAGUGGAGACAACCUUGCACCGGGGGACGAUGAUGGAGAAAUGAACAACCUCCAGAUAGCCAUUGGCAGGAUUACACGAGGCACUGACUGGGCCAAAGCCUUCGUCAUCAGAACGGCCCUGCGGAUACUGGGUAGAGAGCCCAAGGAGACUGAGGAGGGCCAGGUGGAUGACACAGACUCCAAAAGUGAGGGCAUUGAAAUGAACCACUUGGACACCAGUCCGCCUUUCAAAAUGGCAGAUGGGAUAACUAAUUGUUUAGUAGAAGGCCGGCCUUCUGGAGUCAUAGUGGACGGAGAGUUCACUUUCAGUGUGCCGAUCGCCCCGGGAGAGUCAGACUUUGAAAACCUAGGCGAGGAUGAUGAGGAUGACAAGAGUGACGAUGACAACUCUGAGAUUUCGCAUAAGGAAGACGACAAGCAUCACAUGCUCAUGGCUGCUUUGGAUGACGGUGAUUCUUCGGUGUGCAGCACAGUGGACUACCAGCCACCUGAGCCUGAACCAGAGCCGACAGAAGAAGAAGAGCCUGAGCCAGUGGAACCAGAGAAUUGCUUCACUGACAACUGUGUGACGCGCUGGCCGUGCCUCAAUGUGGACAUCACCCAAGGUGACGGCAAGACAUGGUGGAACAUCCGCAGAACCUGCUUCACUAUCGUGGAGCACGAUUGGUUUGAGACCUUCAUAAUCUUCAUGAUCCUCCUCAGCAGUGGAGCUCUGGCCUUUGAAGACAUACACAUAGAAAGACGCCGAACCAUCAAAAUUAUUCUCGAGUAUGCGGAUAAAGUUUUCACCUACAUCUUUAUCAUUGAGAUGCUCCUCAAAUGGGUGGCAUAUGGCUUCAAGACCUACUUCACCAACGCUUGGUGUUGGUUGGACUUUUUCAUUGUGGAUGUUUCCCUGAUUAGUUUAGGUGCCAACUGGCUGGGCUACUCUGAUCUGGGACCAAUCAAAUCUCUCAGAACGCUCAGGGCCUUAAGGCCUCUUCGAGCUCUGUCAAGAUUUGAAGGGAUGAGGGUGGUGGUGAAUGCACUUGUUGGAGCCAUUCCCUCCAUCUUCAAUGUGCUGCUGGUGUGUCUGAUCUUCUGGCUCAUCUUCAGCAUCAUGGGAGUCAACCUGUUUGCCGGAAAGUUCUACCGCUGCAUCAAUACCACCACAGAGGAGAUCUUCCCCAUGGCCGAGGUCAACAACUUCAGCGACUGCAUGGCCAUUAAAGAAGCCACGCAGGAGGCUCGCUGGGUCAACGUCAAAGUCAACUAUGACAAUGUUGGACUGGGCUAUCUCUCCUUGCUUCAAGUGGCAACAUUUAAAGGUUGGAUGGACAUCAUGUAUGCUGCAGUUGACUCAAGAGAGGUUGAGGAGCAACCUUCAUAUGAGAUCAACCUCUACAUGUACAUGUACUUCGUCAUCUUCAUCAUUUUCGGCUCAUUCUUUACUCUCAAUCUCUUCAUUGGUGUCAUUAUUGACAAUUUCAACCAGCAAAAGAAAAAGAUAAAUAAAGACAUCUUUAUGACUGAGGAGCAAAAAAAAUACUAUGACGCCAUGAAGAAACUUGGUUCCAAGAAGCCACAGAAGCCAAUUCCACGACCAACAAACCCAAUCCAAGGCAUGGUGUUUGACUUCAUCAGUCAGCGGUUCUUUGACAUCUUCAUCAUGGUCCUCAUCUGCCUCAAUAUGGUGACCAUGAUGGUAGAGACUGAUGACCAAAGUGCAGAGAAAGAGGAUUUCCUCUUCAAAAUCAACCUUGCCUUCAUCAUUGUCUUUACCGGAGAGUGCACACUAAAAAUGAUUGCCCUCCGUCAGUACUUCUUCACCAUAGGAUGGAACAUUUUUGAUUUUGUUGUGGUCAUCCUGUCUAUAUCUGGUAUAAUGCUUUCAGACAUCAUUGAGAAGUACUUUGUGUCACCCACUCUGUUCAGAGUGAUCAGGCUGGCCAGAAUAGGCAGGAUUCUGCGUCUUAUUAAAGGAGCAAAGGGCAUUCGAACGCUGCUGUUUGCUCUAAUGAUGUCCCUCCCUGCCCUUUUCAAUAUUGGCCUCCUGCUUUUCCUCAUCAUGUUCAUCUUCUCCAUAUUUGCCAUGUCAAACUUUGCCUAUGUCAAAAAGGGGGCUGGAAUCGAUGACAUCUUCAAUUUUGAGACAUUUGGUGGAAGCAUUAUCUGUUUGUUUCAGAUCACAACGUCAGCUGGCUGGGAUGGACUUUUACUCCCAAUCAUGAACAGGGAGCCUCCAGACUGUGACCCAGAUAUUGAGAAUCCAGGCUCGGAUGUAAGGGGUGACUGUGGCAAUCCGGGCAUGGGUAUCAUGUUCUUCUGCAGUUACAUCAUCAUCUCAUUCUUAGUGGUGGUCAACAUGUACAUUGCCAUCAUCUUGGAGAACUUCAAUGUGGCCCAGGAGGAGAGUGGCGAUCUGCUGUGUGAGGAUGACUUUGAGAUGUUCAAUGAGACUUGGGAGAAGUUUGACGUGGAUGGCACGAUGUUCAUUGAGUAUAGCCGACUCUCAGAUUUCUGUGAUGCCCUGCAGGAACCGCUGAGGGUGCCCAAACCCAAUCGGCUCCGUCUGAUUGAGAUGGACCUGCCCUUGGUGAUUGGGGACAGGAUCCACUGCUUGGACAUUCUGUUGGCCGUCACUGAGAUGGUCUUGGGAGAUACGGUGGAGAUGGCAGCAAUGCGGGAAAGCAUCCAGGCCAAGUUCAUCAUGAGCAACCCCACUUCAGACUCCUUUGCACCCAUUACCACAACGCUACGCCGCAAAGAGGAAGAGCUGGCGGCUGUGGUUAUUCAGAGGGUUUACCGCCAACAUCUGAUGAAACGCUCCAUACGGCAUGCCUCCUUUAUGCGUCGCUCCAAGAGGCUCAAGGGAAAGAUCAAAGAUGAGGAUCCACCAGAAAAGGAAGGGCUGCUUGCACGGAAAAUGGGAGUGCUUUAUGGGAGCAAUGCAGACCUCGCGGAGGAGAUGGAGCAGGCUUCUUUGCAACAACUACAAAGCCAACAGGCGGUCAGGCCAGAGACACCGUCAGACACCACAGGGGCCCAGAGCGGUCCGGAGCCCACAGGGUUGAAUCUCAUGGUCGUACCAGUGGAGAUAACGAGUGAGGUUGUGCUACAUUCUGCCCCCAACCAAAGAGUCUUCAGCCUAUAUGGAAACUUACGAGAGUCGAUUGUAUAA